GAAAAGCUACUGAGUAUAUAAACGUUGAAAACAGUCGGGUGGUGAUGUGUAAAUUACUUAUUUAUUACAAUUAAGAGUAGAGAAAACGAAAAUUACGAAGAUUGUGUAUUUAUGAGAAGAAAAUUCAAACUAUUAGUGAAACUAAUUUUAUUUUUAAAAAGCGCUGCUGUUAACGUAUUGAAACAUUCAGAAAAAGGUGGAGAUUAAGAGAGUUUAAAGGGGAAAAAAAGAAAAAAGACAGGACAGAAUAACAAGAACUGUGGGAUUAUUUUAUGGAAAGCAAUACUGGGAAAGAUUUAUAAUUAUAUGAAAGAUGACGUCAGUUCUACAACCUCCGCAACAUGUGUUUAUGCAGCCAAACUUUGGUUUGGCAGCGCCUCUUCAGCAGCCGAUGCAUCAAUUUCCGGUGCAGUGUCAGCGACAAAUUCACAAGCCUGCGCCUACGCUACCCUACCCAGGCUGGGACCCAAACGUUCCAAGGAGAAACACUCUUGGAAUUCCGGAGGCGCCGAUGAUGCCCGGGAACCAUUUUCCCACCAUGCAGAUGCAGUUCACAUCCCGGGAAGAAUUUAAAGUUAUGUCACCGGAAGUACCACGUGAACUUCAAAUGCCGCAGACGAGCCAAUUUUCUUACGAAUACCACCAGUCACGUCUUAUGCAGCAGACGAUGAUAGCCACUGGACGACAUUUUCUUCCGCCACAAAUUAGUGCAGCGACAUUACCCCACCCAGUUCCUUCGCCGUUACAGUCACCGUCGCCAAUGGUGUCGCCAAUGGUACCGAAACAAGUAUCACCGCCACCCGCGGCAGAAGCGGAAACGCAGUGGUGGAGCGUUGCAAAACAAACGGAAGUUAAAUAUCCAGUGCCACAUCCACUUUUAUUCAGUCACGGAAGUGCAACUGAUAGACAAUAUCAGGCUCAUUUGGCAUCUUUUCUACAAAAUAUAAAACCGAUCACGCCUGCUCGGCGUUGUCGGCGAUGCAGAUGCCCAAAUUGCCAAAAUCCAACGAACUCAGAUCCUUCGAAAAAGAAAGUGCAUGUGUGUCAUUUUCCUGGAUGUGAAAAGGUCUAUGGGAAAACAAGUCACCUGAAAGCUCAUCUUCGUUGGCAUUCUGGUGAACGACCGUUUGUAUGCAACUGGUUGUUUUGUGGUAAAAGCUUCACGCGCUCAGACGAAUUACAGCGCCAUCUGCGAACGCACACAGGCGAAAAACGGUUUGCUUGUCAAACUUGUGGUAAAAGGUUCAUGCGCAGUGACCAUCUUAGCAAGCACGCUAAAACGCAUGAAACAAAACGUCAAAAAACAAAACAGGAAGGAGAUUCAGAUACGGAAAAUACCGAAAACGUAAGCCCUGUGCCACGGACAAAUACGGAAAGUGACGAUGAAGAAUCGGAUAUUGACGUAGAAUUCGACGAUUCGGAUGUUUCCGAUUCUGUGACAGCAGUAGAAUCCUCAGAUGAUCAUAACAGUUAUUGGCAAGUAAAGGCGAAAACAGGAGCUCAGUGUAUCAGAGGGCAGCCAAUAAAAUGUGGACAAACUGUUCGAUUAAUGCAUUUACAAACUAGAAGAAAUUUACACAGUCAUCAUUUUCAAUCCCCAUUAUCUCAUAAUUUAGAAGUCAGUGCCUUUGGUGAAGAUGGAGAAGGGGAUGAAGGAGAUAACUGGUCAAUAGUUUGCAGUGGGAAAUUUUGGAGCCGUAAAGAUAGAGUCAGGAUAAAGAAUGUGGUAACAGAAUAUUACCUUCAUGUGUCGGGUGAUACCUUUGGUCGUCCAAUUAAAGGACAGCGUGAAGUUAGUGGAUAUGCAUCACCAAAUGAUCUCAAUUAUUGGCAGGCAAUGGAGGGAGUUUACGUGACCCCAUCAGAGGACCCUCAAGGGACAUACAGAGGAGAUUUAAAUGCACAUCAUCAAAUUUUGAUAACAGAAAUGAGAAAAAGAAGACAUAAAAAACCAAUUACUCAGCAUUUUACACGAGACAUUCGUGAAAGUCGUAUAUAUUUAUGUGAGCUUUGUCUGAAAACAUUUGAUACUGGUACCGGGCUACGGAACCACAAGACUUUGCAUAUAAAGAAACCAUUUGAAAUAGUACCUAAAAGGAUAAUGCAAAACAGGCAACAUUCAGUUUCGGACAGACUGUGUAAUCUGGAAAAAUUGGAAUCAUUCAAACUUCUUCGUGCAUUGUUACAAAAUGGUUUAAAGUCCAAGUUAAUGAAAAUGCUAGACAACAAACUAAUGAUGCGAUUCAUCAGUAAAAGUCAAAACAACGAAGUUCCUCUCAAACGGAAAAACUUAGGCAACAUAAAGGUAACAGAGAAUGUUUCAAACGAUAGGAAGAAAAACUACAAAUUUAGUUGUGCUGAAUGUGGAAGACGAUUUCUCUCAAAAGCUGCCUUGAAAAUUCACUUAAACAGUCACUUUGGCAUAAAAGCAUUUAAGUGUCCAAAAUGUGGACUUCGUCUUUCACAAAAGGGCGGAUUGACCGUACAUAUGCGCAUUCAUACUGGCGAGAAGCCUUUCAAAUGCAAAUUUUGCGGUAAAGCAUUCACGCAACCAGUAUCACGUGAGCAUAUGUCAAUACACACAGGAGAAAAGCUGUACAAGUGCGACAUGUGUCCUGCUGCUUUUGGAUCAUCUACAGUUUUAAAAACUCACAAGAUCUCAAAACAUUCAUUUCUCAGGCCAUACCAGUGUGAUAUUUGCAAGAAAGACUUUGCUGACAAAGAUUACAUGAAAAAGCAUAGAACUAUUCAUCGAGCUGUUAGACCUUAUCCAUGUACAAAGUGCGAUAAAUCAUACAUUACAAAGUCGUGCCUGACACGCCACCUGGUAACUCACACAGCCCAACGUCCUUACGUUUGCACCAUUUGUCAAAAAUCGUAUAAUAACUCCGGUGCGUUUGUUUACCACAUGUCGACUCACAGAGGCGACAGGAAAUACAUCUGUGGAAUUUGUGACCAGGAAUUGGCAUCCAAACAAAAUCUCCAGAGUCACAUGAAAAUACAUGCAAAGUUGAACAUGAAUAAGAGUUAAUUUGCAGACAGAUAAGCAAUUACAAGUGAGUUUACGGAUCAUCAUGCGCUUUCAAAGGAACAUUUUUAGCUGUAUUAUUUGUUUGUUUGUUUGACGAAAGUAUGAAUAUAUCUGUUAUUUAUAUUUCAAAUGCAGUUAUGUGAUCCCUUUUUGCAUAGUGAAUAUAUAUUUAUAAAUAUAUACAACUGCAACUAGAUAUCUCGAAUUCCAAGGGAUCGAACGAUUUAUUUCGGGAUAACCGAAAUUCGAGUUAAAAUGAUAAUUUGUGUAUGUGUUAUCGGGACGGGACUUGUAAAUACCACCGAGAUAGCCAGAAUUUUGAGAUGCCGAGUUUCAUUUGUAUAUAUAUGUUAUUAAGCAUAUGUUCUCGCUUACCUAACCCCAUAUGAUAUUAUUGUCUAUGGGGUUGGAGUUUCUGAUUGUACUAUUGGAAGUUGAUUUAUAUGAUUUUAGUAGGUAUUUAGUCCAAAUGAUAUUAUGUUGUUCGUACACGUUCGACAAAUAUUACUUUUUUAUAUGAAACAGUUUGAGUGUUAUGGAGAAAUAAAAA